AUGAACUUGGUGACUGCUGGAAAACUAUUGCUUGAUAAGGUUGGCGGAAUGAGCGUCACAGAUUCGAAGAACCGUCGAAAAAAGUAUCUGAUCAACUUCUCUCAGAGUGUCCUCCAAGACUGUCUUCAUGUUUUCGAUAUGAUCAACAGUACCUACACGUGGCAAAUAAAUCCAGCUGCUUGGUUUCAAUUUCUAUGUCUUUCAUUUUCCUUUGUAUCAAUUCAUACACUGGAUGGAUGUGUUAUGUUCUACUUUCAUAGUGAGAUUCAUCCGAGAUGGUUAUGGAGGAAAGCGAUGAGGAAGAAAUCUUUGAUUCGAGUCGUAGCAAUGUCUAAAGUUUCCACUGUCAGCUAG